AUGUCUAUAUCAAUAUCGACUGCACCCAUGCAUUCACAUAAUGGGAGCGCCGGUUGGCGUCCGUACGACACGACGGCGAGUGCGCUCAUGUCGUCGGACAGCAUAUCAUUGAUUAACUUAUUAACAAACAGUAAUACAACCGAUAGUAACAUAACGAGUGAUCAAACGCUGCAAACGCUACAGUAUUUACAGACAAUUGGCUCAAACCUGUCGUCGGAGUUGGCGUCCGAUUUAGAGGACAUGGGCUCAGACAUGAAGAAACGGACGUUCGCUGAGAUAUUUCUCGUCUCAUUAGCGCUCGUGUGUCUCAUAUUAGCCACAAUUAUAGGCAAUAUAUUUGUCAUCUCAGCCAUCAUUUUGGAGAAGAAUCUGAAAUCUGUGGGCAAUUAUCUGGUGCUGUCUCUGGCGGUCACUGAUCUGAUGGUCGCCUGUCUAGUGAUGCCUUUGGGAGCCUUCUAUGAGAUUACACAGGAGUGGACUUUCGGCUCAUCCCUAUGCGAACUCUGGACCUGUACUGAUGUGCUCUGCUGUACGGCCAGUAUAUUACACCUGUUGGCGAUCGCUUGCGACCGGUUUUGGGCCGUAACUAACGUGGAUUACGUGCACCAGAGGAACGGCCGCCACAUCGGCGGUAUGAUUGCCGUGGUUUGGGUCGUGUCGGCCGUCAUCUCAUUGGCGCCGAUACUCGGAUGGAAAGACUCGGACUUUGAGCGCCGGAUAAAUGAGGAGAAGCGGUGUCUGGUCUCGCAGGACGUCUCCUAUCAGAUAUUCGCCACAAUGUUCUCGUUUUACGGCCCGUCGGCACUCGUCUUAAUACUCUACUAUCGCAUCUAUUUGGUGGCCAAGAAGCGGAUCCGACGCAAGUCGUCGGGUGGCGUGCGGGCCAAAGGGCACAAACGGCUGGGCUGUGCCGCACAGGCGCACCACCAGUCGGUGCCCAACACAUACAUCUCGGGCACAGAGAUGACAACAAUGACUUAUAACAUAUCGUCGAUGGGCCGACACCAGUAUCUGAUAGGAGUGAGCGCUUCCGUUGUCCGAACUCGCAUUACUCCCAUUACUCGACGAUAUGUUAUAAGUCAUUGUUGUCAUCUCUGUGCCCGAGAUGUAUGUGUUGGGCACCGACUGGUGGUGCGCCUGUGCGGCACAGCCGAGCCGUUUGUGCCCUUUGGCCCGCACUCCACCCGACGACUUGCGUCGGAUCCGCUUCUUGGCCACCAAAUAGAUGCGAUAGAGACGUCCUGCGAGACCAGACACCGCUUCUCCUCAUUUAUCCGGCGCUCAAAGUCCGAGUCUUUCCAUCCGAGUAUUGGCGCCAAUGAGAUGACGGCCGACACGACCCAAACCACGGCAAUCAUACCGCCGAUGUGGCGGCCAUUCCUCUGGUGCACGUAA